CGAAUGUUAGUGUAGUACACAACGAAAAAUCCGCUAUGGAUAUCGAUACUGAUGUAGCCGAUCCUAGAAAAAAAUUAUCGGAAUCUUCGUUCUAGUUACAUUAUUUAAUGAAGGCACGAUCUCUGACAAGUGACGGGGAAAGACAGUGCAAGAAUGUGAUGAGAGUCGCCAUGUUGCGGAUGUUCUGAUCGAUCAAUCGACCCUCAAGGACCGCACGCCAAAUUGAGACAUAACCUUUUUUUUUUUCGUCGUUGAUGUGGAAGGUAAAAAAGUGGCUGGCAAGAUGUCGAGCACGUCCACGCUGGCCAGCGAUGCCACCCAGAUGUUGGCAGCGGCCCUCGAACAGAUGGACGACAUCAUCGCGGGUACCAGGUACCAGUCGUCCGAGGUGUCCAGCCUGCACAACGGCACCAUGGACUCUCACAAUGCCAACUUCAGCCCGCUGUCCGUCAACCACUUCGGCAUCGCCCAGCUGGCUGACGAGCUCAAGCACUCGGUCGAGCUGGCCCAGGACCAAGGGGAGGCGGGCAUCUCGCGGGAGGGCGUGCCCGACAGCACGCGGCAGGUCCUGGUCCAGUGGCUGCAGGGAAAUUCCCCCCAGGUGAACGGACCGCCCUCGUUGUCCUCGGACCAGGUCCAGCACCUGGAGGGCGACAAGGAGUCCCUCCUGCUGCAGAUCAGCGUCCUCAGUGACCAGGUGGAGGCCCAGUCGGAGGCCAUUCAGGAGAUGGAGAAGGGGCUGGCCGAGGAGAGCAGCAAGCUGGCCAAGGCCGAGGCCAUGCUGCAAGAGGAGAUGACAGCGCGAGCUGAACUGGAAGCAGCCAAGCUCAGCCAGAUGACCGACCUGUCCAAUCUCAGGAUUCGUCUGAGUUCAGUGGAGAACGAUCUCAGCAGCUUCAAAGACAGGGCGGUGAAAGCAGAGAGUCUUGUGGAAGAGAAACAGAUGGAGUCGUCUGAAAUGUCACUGAAAUACCAACAAAGCCAGGGCAAGAUCUCAGAGCUGCAGACAGAGUCCAACAGCUGGCAGGAAAAGUACAUGCAGGGGCAGGUGAAACUUGUCCGUACACAGUCUGAAUGUGCUGAGAUCAAAUGUCGGCUUCGGCAGUGUAGCGCGGAGAACGAGAGACUUCACAUGGCCAAGAGCAGGGAAUCGGACCAUGCUUUGGAGGUGGAGAAACUGAAGAGAGCUGUGGAAACCCUCCUGGCUGCAAAUCACGAGAAGGACAAAAAGAUCGAAGACUUGAAAAAGACCAUCGUGCGGCACCAACGGGUGCAGGAGCUGAUGAUGAACUCCCCGAGUCGCAGGGUUGAUGGCAACUCACUGGAGGACGAGCCAAUCCGAUCGGACAGCUUCUCCACCAGCAGCUCUGUGGGGCUGGCCGACACGGAGGAAAGCCCCACCAAGAAGGAGAGACAAGCGGAGACACCAGUGGACCUUACAAGUGCGUCCACCACCCCUGACGAAGUGGCCCCCCGGGUGGACUCGCCCGUCUCCAUGCCGUCGGAUGGGAGCACCGAUGCAGGUAGGGCCGAUUCAUUGUCACAGAGGGGGUCACAAGACGAGAGGAAGAACCUCUUGAAGAGGAGAUCGGCCAGCCUGGAGGACAUCAAGCCGGCAGCGAUGACCGUCACGAACGAGACGAGCUCAGGGAUCCACCAGCAAGGCUACAGUACCCUCCCCUCACCCCGCAACAAGAACAGGGAGUUCCAGUUUGCCCAGCCGGCCCCGCCCACUGCCCCGCCCGCAGCCCAGCAGCACCAGCAGCCGCCUACCACCUCCGCCUCUUCCUCUGCCACCGCCACCGCCCUACAAGCUUCCACCGAAUCGGACGGAGAGGACAUCGUCCGGCGCAAUCGGAAGGUGAACUUUUCGGACCUCCCCACGCAAGGAACCCCGCCCUCUGAGAGGAGGAAAAAGAAAGGAGGCAUCAAAAAGCUGUUUGGAAAGUUGAAGAGGAGCAACUCUGCCUCCCUGACCUUUGAGGACGAGGAGGAGGAGGAUGUGCCGGUGGAGUUCCGUCGUGGCGGCCGGUUCAGGGCCACGGCCGGACCCAGACUUGGAUGGACUGGGCUUCGGGUCAACAGAGAUAUUGACGCCCCUUUUGCCAAGUGGGAGGGUGAUCAGGUGGCAGCCUGGCUGCAUGAGAUGGGCCUGGGCCAGUACAUGUCCAUGUGUCGCGUCUGGGUCAAGAAUGGCGCUACACUCCUCAAAGCCUCACCCCUGGACUUAGAGAGGGAGCUGGGUGUCAGGAAUGUCCUCCAUCGCAAGAAGCUCCAACUGGCCCUGCAGGCCAUGGGCUCGGAGGAAGGGGACAGGUUCAAGGGCCUGGACCACAACUGGGUGACCCGGUGGCUGGACGACGUAGGUCUACCUCAAUACAAAGAUGCCUUCAGUGAAGCUAGGAUUGAUGGGCGAAUGCUGCACUACCUGACCGUGGAUGACCUCCUUCUGAUGCGAGUGACCAGCGGCAUGCAUCACGUCAGUAUUAUGCGGGGAAUCCAGUGUCUCAGGCUGCACAACUUCCAGCCCAAUUGCCUGCGACGUCGACCGACAGACGAAAAUUGGUUUACUGAGGUUAAAACAAUGCCCCCCUGGAGUUCAGAAUUGCCUUAUGAAGCAGGGCGGGAAGUCAUGCUGUGGACAAACCACCGAGUGAUGGAGUGGCUCAGGACGGUGGACCUGUCCGAGUACGCCCCCAACCUCAGGGGCAGUGGCAUCCAUGGGGCUCUCAUGGUCCUAGAGCCGCGCUUCACAGCAGAGACCCUGGCCACCACCCUCUGCAUCCCCAAUGCCAAGUCGCUCCUCAGGAGGCACCUCAGCACCCACUUUGUCUCCCUGGUGGGCGGCCAGAUCCAGGCCCAGAAGCGGGAGACGGAGAAGUCCUCCAACUUUGUCCCACUCAGCGCUCUCUCCAAAGUCAAGCCCAAAAAGCGGCCCUUUGGUGGUCGCCCCAAAAAGAAAGGCAUGGAAGAAGAGGACUACGUGUGCCCCAUGAACCUGGAACUGCCCCCGGGGCUGCAAGGGGUGCAGAACGGGACCAAGCCAUCCCCGAGCUAUCGGGUGGAGGUGCGGAGUGCCGGCAAGGUGCACCGGCAGGGAGACGAGACAAGUGCUAGCUCCCCCGACUCGGCUGAUGGCACCCCUCCCAGUCAGAUUGGUGUCUACUCUGAAGAGAUCAACACCCUCACGAACAUGUUGAACGACGACCAGGCGGAAAAUGGUGGCACCAACGUUUGAACGACACAUCAGGGAAACAAGACGUAAAAAUCAUAACUUCAGCAGGAUUCAUAGCAACACACUGGGCUUCCAACUGGAAAAAUAAAUAUUUAUGCGGGAAUCUGUACAGUUCUGGAGUUUCUACAUUGACUGAUGCAACUUCAUUUUGUUGGUUCGGUUGCUACAAUCUGACCCGCUCUUCUCUCAACCCCUUCAAAGGAAGGCAUCGCCAAGUCGGUCGAAUGUCUGUAACUUCUAUCCAGUUUUGUUUCUGACUGAGAACAGCCCCGACUACCAGGAUGGAGUAAGUUAACUAAUUAUUUAUACUUGGUGUGCAGUGAUGGGCAUUCUUUGUUACUAGAAGAAAUUCCUGUCUCUUUUGAGCUUGCCAGGGCUAAAGACUGCCCUCUUUAGCCUACGCACGGAGCAUAUAGCAGGUCUAAGACUUGUGAAGAACAAGGUGGUGACAUUUCUUGUUUCACAACUCUUGGGGUGGCUCCACAUACUCAGUUUGUAAAUUGCAAAAAGCCGAGAUACCGAGAAGUGAUCUUGACGCACAGAUUCAACACAAGAAAUACUUCAGCCGAGCAGCAGGAGGCAAAAUAGAUUUCUCAGGUAAGACUUUCCGUUGUCCCUGGUGUCUCACACAAUGUGCACAAAAGUGAACUGUUCUUUUUUUCAACCGCGUUGGAAGUCGCUGAUCUUUGUGUUGAGUUGGGAGGCCUUGAAGCAGGAGUUGGACCAUUUUGAUUUCAAGAAGUCGGAUAAGUAUGAAUGAACUUUAUGCAAGUCAGUUGUACAAUAAUGGAUGUGAAAUAUCCACUGUAAAUUUUUUUCAUCAUUUUGAUCAGUCAGCACUGUAUUUAGCACAACUUAAGCAACUUUCAUUUGGCCUUAUCUAGUGUAAUUUAUCCUACCUUCACCGUGACUCGUGUAAAAUACCAUUUUUUGUACAUUAUUUGCAGCAUUAAUGAUUUUUAUUUAGAUCGCGCUCUGUAAUGGCUUUUUAACCUUAACCUUUUUUAGACUCUGUGUAGCUUUAAUCUUGAACAGCGUAAUGAAAAAAAUGGAAAAGGAGCUGGGCAGAGUAGAAUUAUUAAAAACAUUUUUAAAAAAUUGUUUGCUGUUUUUCUUCAGGAAAAAUGUGCACAGUUAAUGCUUAAAAGGCAGAAACUGGAUGUCCAAACAGACAGUAGAUUUACAUACACUGAUUCAGUGCUAGCCUUUGAAUUUCAUAUUUUCGAAAUGUUACUUUGAGGAAAAUCUCCAAGUUAUAGUUACAAAUGUUAAUAGGAUUGAGCUUUUAACGUUGGUUUUCACAAGCCGAGAUGCAGUCUGUCAGUAUUUGGCAGCACUCGUUUUAGACUAUGCACCGAGUUUUGCAAUGUUGGACAUUUUCGCGGACCCUUUUGGAAAUGUCUGUGUAUGCGUGACUGCUCGAGAAAGAUUUUUUUUAGGAAUUUUCCCAAUCUCCCAAAUUCUGGGGUCAGACUUUUUAGAGAUAUUGCUGUUUGUGUUUCAUAAAAGCACAAAUGUAUCAGUUCAUUAGGUACUUUUUAUCCAUUUUUACAUCAAAGGAAACUGAUACUUUUUCUAUACCAAGUUUACAUGUACUUCCAGUGCAACUGUUUUUAAUGGGUUAGACUUUUUAAAAAACAAAUUUCUUCCAAAAGAAUUGAUGUGUGUUCGUGCUUUAUCAAAAUAAGGACCAAGUUUGAAAACGGCAUUCUGGGCUUUCAGUAUUGAGAGAGGGGAAACCUUAUCAAUACAUAAUACAGUGCACAUGUUGACAUUGAUAUUAAAGUAUGCUUUUUUAUGUCGUAAAACAAUUUUCACACAAUUAUAAAGCAGCAUUGAAUACAGAUUUAAAAACAAACAAACCAUGAAUGUAAAUACACGCAAAUAAUUAGAGGCAAUCCUGAAAUGCAGAAACACUGGACUUGUUCCUUAUUUUGAUAGACCAGGUUGAAGACAUGUCAUUUUUAUGGAGGGCUUGCACAGCUGCCAUCUUGGAGGCCAAAAGUUUUCAGUGGAACAAAACAACAGCCCUGCAAGAUGGCUGUCAUGCAAAGCCUUCAUUUAUUUUUAUGUAUCAUUGGUUAAGACGCACCAAAGGACCUCUUGCAUCUUGAACAUUUUGCCAAUACAAUGCUUCAUAAACAGGGUUCAACUUUACAGUUAUUUCUAUUUUUGUCAGCAUUCGUCUAUGAGCCAUCUAUUUUUGGACGUCAUCUUUUUGAGCAUGUUAACUGGGUUUUUUUUGUAAUCGCUGCAACGUGCAUGGGUGUAAAGUUUUCUCAAGACCUGUUUAACCUGACGUGAGCAUAAGUUGCUCAAUUUGUAACAUUUUGCCUUCAUUGGUCAGUUGAUUGGUACAGACUACAGCAUUUGUGACCUGUCACCACAAAAUGAGCUUGAAUUGCUAUUUUUAAAUAAACUUUUAGCAGAAAAAGAGCUUUCCAAUGGCAUUACACUUGGGGUAAAAAAAAAAAGGUGAUGAGAUAUUCUGGCGGCUAGGCCCUCUUGUUUCCGACGAUUGUUUUAACAUUGCUGACUGGCCACAAAUAAUGCAAUUGUCAAAAUUGGAAAGAAAAAUGACAUUUUCAAGUCUCUGAUCCUGCAACAGAACUUGGAAUUUAAACAGAACAAGGGUUAACUUUUUCCAAAAAUACAAACACCCCAAAAUGACCCCCCCUUCUGUUUUUGACUUCAAACCAUUGUGAUAGGGAAAAAGUGGAGUGCACCUUUAGGCACAUUUUGAGUGUGGUCGCUAUGACUUUUCACCAUAGCACGUCAGAAGUCUUACGCCAGAUUCCCAGGAAAGACCAAAAGUACACGUACUUGUCCUUCCUAAUGAACUCUGAAAUUUUCACUCAAAUGGUACAACAAAUAUAAAAACAGUAUCGUACAUUUUGACAAGACCUUGACUGAACGCAUUGCCAAACUUGUAACUUUCUAACCUUAGUUGUUGUAUAAAAAAAAUUUAAAAAUGUAGAAAUCCUACUGAUGCAAAUACUGUACAGGAACCUUUGUGAUGAAUGCCCUUAAGACUUGUCUAUUGUACUUCUGUACCUCACAAACUAAACUGUUCUUUUUUUGUAUGUAAAUACAUAAUCUGUGAAAGA